AUGCUCACACGAAGUGCACUGUGCCCCGCGAGGGCCUUUGCCAGCCGCUUCCCACCCGCGAUCCUGGCGCCGUCAUCCACCGCCGCCGUGACUUCCUUCUCCACAUGCACACGACCAAGCAAGCUCCCACAACAACAGCGCACCAGCCCGAGCACCGCCUCUCGCACCACAUUUCCCAGCAGACUGAUAGUACGCCAUGCAUCGACUGCGCCCGCACAGCCCGUGGCCAACAACUCGCCCGGCGCACAACCCCAACUCACAUGGAACGCCUUCUUCGCCCUACGCCGCACGCGCCGGAGAAUCGGCCAGGCCUGCUCGGGAGUCGGCGCCGUGGGCGUGACGUACUUUGGUCUCACCACCAUGAUCAACAAUGGCUAUGACGCGACCCUCUCCGCCCAACUGGGCGGCUUCGAUCCCUUCAUGCUCAUGGGACUGAGCACCUUGGGCAUGAUGGCUGUGGGAUGGCUCAUUGGGCCUAUUUUCGGCAACCAGGUCUUCAACCUGGCUUACAGGGGUGUGCUGGGCGAAUUCACGCGGAAAGAUUCAGCCUUCUUCAACCGCAUCAAGCGUCACCGCGUCGACCCUACUGCCUCUUCGCUCGCGAACCCCCCACCGGACUACUACGGCGAGAAGAUUGGUAGCGUGGCUGGAUACAGGCGGUGGUUGAAGGACCAGCGUGCCUUCAACCUCAAGACGGGCAGGUACCGGGCGACCAAGGCUUUGUAG